UCUCCAUAGUUACGGCGCCCUGGAGGCGGCGGCCAUCUUGGCGGCGGAGCGAUGAGCGGGUCGAACCCGAAGGCAGCGGGCGCGGGGUCUACGGCUGGGCCCCGGGGGCUGGUGGCUGGCAAGGACGAGAAGAAGAAGGCAGGCGGCGGCGUCCUGAACCGGCUCAAGGCGCGGCGGCAGGCGCCCCACCACGCAGCCGACGACGGCCUCGGGGCAGCGGUCACGGAGCAGGAGCUGCUGGCCCUGGACGCCAUCCGGCCCGAGCACGUCCUACGCCUCAGCCGGGUCACAGAGAAUUAUUUGUGUAAACCGGAAGACAACAUCUACAGUAUUGAUUUCACCCGCUUCAAAAUUCGAGAUUUGGAGACGGGGACAGUGCUUUUCGAGAUCGCCAAACCCUGCAUUUCAGACCACGAGGAGGAUGACGAGGAGGAAGGUGGAGAUGUGGAUAUCAGUGCAGGGCGUUUCGUCCGAUACCAGUUCACACCAGCAUUCCUGCGGCUCCGGACAGUCGGGGCUACGGUGGAGUUCACUGUGGGAGACAAACCUGUGUCAAACUUCCGGAUGAUCGAACGCCACUAUUUUCGGGAGCGCUUGCUGAAAAACUUUGACUUUGAUUUCGGCUUCUGCAUCCCCAGCAGCAGGAACACGUGUGAACAUAUCUAUGAGUUCCCCCAGCUUUCCGAGGAUGUCAUUCGUCUGAUGAUUGAAAAUCCCUACGAGACCCGUUCUGACAGCUUCUACUUUGUUGACAACAAGCUGAUAAUGCACAACAAGGCCGAUUAUGCCUAUAACGGAGGCCAGUAACGGCCGUGGGCCUGGACAGGGGAGGCACCGUGCUGCAGCCCGAGGUCCUGGCACACGGAAGUGGUUAAAGCUGCUGUGUGGCAACACACACCUGGAACCUGGCCCCAGGAAGCCGAGGCGGCGGUGGCAGUUGCCUGUGCUCCAAGAGAGGUGCCAAGCAGUACUGUGUUUCCUUCCCCAGUAUUUUUUUCUUCCCUUUCUUCCCCGCCCUUUAGGUCACAGAGGUACUGUAUAUAGUAAAGUAAAAGAUUAGGUUAAAGUUCUCGGAAUUCAGAUAAAAAAGGAAGUUUAUUUUCACGUAGUCGUAGCUGCCUUCUGGCUGUCCCGACAAGCCUGGGUCUCUGUGCCCGGGUGCGGAGGCGCUGGCUGGCCCGCCUGCAGGUGAGUAGCUCUUCUGUAGGUUCCCAGGUGCUGUGGGAAGCUGCAGGGUCAGCCUCUCCAGGCGUCUCCUCUGAUUUCCUGUGUUGCCAUCAGCACAACCUGACCUCAGCCUGUGCAUAGUUGUAAGCCAGUUGGAAAGAAACUUGAAAGGGCGCAGAGGGAAGGAGGGGUGCGAAGAGGUGGGGCUGGGUACGGCUGCCCACACUGAAAGACCCGUUUUCUGGAGAGGCUGGCUCACCUGUCUGGCUUCCAGGAUCCUCAGCCCCGUGGGGCUCCAGCGAGGAUGCAGCCUGGCAGUGCCUUCCUGUGCUUGUUCGGGAGGAGAGAUGAGCUCGCUCUGCUUUAUUGGCUCCUAACUUUUGAGCAUCUUGGGAAAUAGAAUGUUGCUUUGGCUCUUGGAACAGUAGUAUCUCUCAAGGCCAGAGCAGGCGUCAUUGUAUUUUUUUAAAUUUCCAGGCUUCCUUAUGGGAGGUUUUGUGAAGUCAGUGGUGGUCCCAGUGUGUGUGAUGUGCUGUCAGACUUCUGACAGUGUGCAGAUCAGGCUCUCAGGGCAAGUCUGGCUCGGGUCCGGGCUGGUGUAGUUACGAAGCAGCAGCUGUGUAAAGGAGGCUUUUGAUUUUCUCUGCGCAGCAUAGCCUGGGGGACUGGCUUUUGAUGGGGUCUUGCCUCUAAAACUUUGUAGAUUUCUUAUGUAGGGGCAUUCUUCUGUCUGCCCGUCUACUGAAGUAGUUUAUAGAACCAUCCUGGCAGGUCGAUCUGAAUAAUACGUAUUUGAUCCUUCCGACUUUUUGGGUCUGAGGCCCUCAGCCUGUUUCAUCUGUGCGAGUCAGAGAUGUGUCCUCAGAAAAGCCGCCUUGCACAGCCCACCACUUGCGUCCUCGGGCCCUUGUCGGACAGACUCUCCUCUCCCGGCGGCUGUCUGACUGUGCAGUAGCCUUAGAUGGUCUGUCCAGAGUCCCUGAAGGUUGUUGCUGUGGCCAGGAUUUAGCAUUGACAGGAAGGUGUCAGUAACUGUAGGAAUCUCCCAGUUAUGUAGUAGUCACUGUCACAGUGACGGUGACAGGAAAGCUGUUUCCCAAAGUGCUUGGGAGAAAGGCCUUGUGGGGCCAGGGAGAGGGGCCAGCACGUGGCCACAGAGCCCCUGUAUUCACUGACUAGUGUUGCUCCUGGUUUGGAUUCUAGAGCGUAAUGAUCUUGAACCUCGGCCCAGUGCUUUGUGCCAGGCCAGGGUCUGGGCUAUGCCAGAUGCCGAUGGCAUUCUCUCCGAGAAAGCCCUAGGUUAGCCCUGGGUGCCGGCACUGGGUCCAGCCAAUGACGGGAGGAAGACCCCGGGCACCCUGCAGACCGGAGGUAUCUCAGAACUGGAGCUGACUGCAAAUCCAGGUGCCUGACGGGGCUCUAUCCCAUCUGCUGCUGGGGAAGGCUGCUUCACCCUUGUCCCUCCCCGCUGGGGAGCAGACAUCAGCACUGCUGCUGUGCUGUUUUUCAUGUGGCUCCUCUAGCAAGUUGUUCCUGCGGAGCUUCAGAACAAACCCUCUGUAAAGAAGCCCGAUCCUGAGAACAUCUACUGUUUGAUCCUUAAUAAGCACCUAGAAUAUGGGUUCUGGAGCUGCCCAGAGCUCUGCUCAGUAGUGCGUCUUGAAACUGUGUCCCAGGGCAGACUGCGCCCAGUGUACCACGGCUCUUACUGGCAGCAUUAGCCUUUGUGCAGAGGGGCCCGCAGGGCAGAGGGGACAGCAGGGCGGAGGGACAGGCUCGAGUCGUGCUGUCCUCUUCCCCUGUAGCUUGCCUUAGUCUCACUGGAGACCUUUUUGAGGCCAAGUGCUCAGACUGCCCCGCACGACAGGGUUUUGCCAUCUUCUGUGCCUGAAGGUCUGGUGUUCUCCACCUGCAACUCUGGGUCCUUGUGUCCAGCUACUCAGGAAAUCUCGAGAAGCAUUACCACUCUGGGGUGUUAACCAGGGUGGGUUUGAAAUUUUGUACCUGAACUGGGGAGAGAAUUGGAAGUCACGCUUUCUCUGAAAGUAUCUAAACCAGUCAACAGUGGAAUCAGAACAGAAGCCAUGUUAGUGAGAAAUUGGACUAUUGGUAGCCAUUAUUUUGUGGGUGAUACAUUGGGAGGAAAAAGCUCCCUGCUUGGGAGUCCACGCCCUCUUUUCAGAGCUGGCAUCCGAGAGGCAGCUCCCAGAGGGAGCACAUUCCAGCGGAUGGCCGGCCGCCCGGUCCCACGGGGCCCGCUGCCUGCACCCCUUCCUCACCCAUUUUGCUCUUGUCCCUCUGCCUUGGAACCUCCUGGGAGAGAGCCGCUCUUUUCCUGUGAAGCCUUUGGGCUAAGACGUCCCAUCUUCUCCAGAGACAGUCCCGGUUUGUUUUGUUCUGUGUUCUAAAGAGUAAAGAGGAACUAACAACAUGCAUUAGCUCGAAGUUGCCUUGCAGAGAAGGCGGUGCAGCCUGAAGACACCCACUGACUUUGGCCUCCGAUUCCCAGACACGGGCAGCGCUCUGGGCCUGAUCGUAGCCUAGUCACUCUCGAAAUGGCAGUCACUGGGGAAUCUUCCACUUUCUCCAGGUGAAGCGAAGCUCACCGUGGAGUGGAUUUAACAGGCUGUGCCGAAGGUUCAGAGAGGGCGAAUCUUACCAUAGUGUGUUCUGCCGCCCUGGUAGGCUCCCAGGGUGCUCUUUUUUCCCUCUGUAAAGUCACUUUCUUCUGAGGGUCAUUGUCACCAGAAGGUCUGGGGAAUGGGGACCAUCUGUCCUAAAAAUCACAGCACAGACUCACUACUGGUGCAUGAGGGUUCCUGACAGAGGGUGCCACUGGGUCAGGUGCGGGGGGCCUGGUCACUGAACCGUCACAUUGCAUUCCGGGUUGUGGAACAUCUGAGCCACGGGCGGAUUUUCUGUGUUUUACAGAAGAUCAUGUAGAGUCACUGAAGUUGUGAAAGCCUGUUUUUCCUGUAAAUCUGUUUUUCACAGAUGAUAAGAAACAUCACUGACCUGAUCUGUCCUUCCUCCUCUUUCCCCUUCACCAAAGGACCUCAUUCGUUUGUUUUUUUUUUUUUUUCUGUUCUGCUAACUGUGUUAUAACCAACAAAAGAGUACAGAGAAUGCCUUGUACAAAACAACACGAUAAAGGUUCAAGAUCAAGGUGUUCCUUUAGGCAAGGCUGAAGAUUUCAGUCUCUGGUAUUUGGAAUUUAGGCUGCAAUCCUCGUUUUUGGAUGGAUCACUGGGGGUGUGGUGCAGUUCACUUUAACCAGAUUUGAACAGAAGAAUGGCCACUUGGCCCAGGUAGAAGUAGAUGAAGUGUUUGGUUUCAUGUGUCACGUAACUACCGAAGUUCCUCCCCAGGGUGCCGUGUCGGGUGGGGUUGUCCUUCUUGUGAAACUCCCUCCCUUUUUUCCGGAUCAGUACAGAAGGUUUAUUUAGUGUUACAGAGAUGGCAGAAGUGAGUCAGCUGGGCUGUGGGGGCUCAGGAGGCAAGUUCCAGAGGCUGAAGCAGGGUCUUAGGAGAGAGAAAGGCAAAGGGAAGGUGCCCGGGGGCAGGAAGACGGGCCAGGGUGUACAGAUGAUGUGUUUUGGAAUUGUGCACCUGAAACCUAUGUAAUUUGUUACCCAGUGCCACCCGAUAAGUUCAAUAAACAGAAAGACGACAGUAGAAGAGGGGGCGGGGGAGGUGCAGUGUGUGCCCGAGAGGGAGAGUGCCUCCCACGCGGCUUAGUGGGCUGCAGCACCCUUCUCUGCGUUGUGUUUCUGCAACGCCUGAGUGGCACAUUCCACGGAGUCCUGUUGCCUCUCCUCCAACACACUGACAUUUUCAAUCGCCGCCGUUCGGGCGCACGUGGGAACAACGGAGCCGGGCUGGCGGCCCCAGGGCUGCGGCCCGGCCUUCUCCCUCAUUCCAGUUUUCACUGUCUUUGUGCCCAAAGUAAACUAGAUGACUUAUUUGUAUAAAACUAUUUUGUCACAAGAGACAGAAAUAAAAGAUUUUCACAGUA